CACCUCCCCGCCAUCCCCCUCCACGUUGGCACGAGGUGGGCUUCCAGCCAUGGGCGCACAGCUGGCACCACGCACGCAAGGUGCAGCAUGGCAUGCUUGAAGAUGCCCACCCGCUCUCCGUUGCCCACCCCACCCCCUACCCCAUACUCUGCCUCCCCUGCCCUGUCCUUUCCCCCGUUUGCCCCUGCCCACUCCUCCUCCGCCUUCGCCCGUCAGACCAGCGCCCCUCGUCGGGCACCCGCCGCUGGUAGAGUCCCUGCCCGCGCCUGUUCCAGUCCCUGGGUUUCCAGCCUGCGCUUCACCAUGCUGCCCUUCCCAGCUCGCGCCCACUGUGCCACCUCUGCCGCCCGGGCACGGGUCUCCGCAGCCAGCCUCUCCUCGGCCGCCCUCUUCCUCUCCUCCCCCCUCCACCUCCUCCUCCUCGUCCUCCUCCUCUUCCUCGGUGGCGGCCCGUUGCCUCUGGCGUCGGCGGGCGCCGUCCGGGAGCGCUCGGCGGCCGUGCCCCGGGCCUCGUCGCGCGCGGUCGCCCGCAUGGACGGCGACGUGAUCAUCGGCGCGCUCUUCUCCGUGCACCACCAGCCGUCGGCGGACCACGUGGCCGAGCGGCAGUGUGGCGAGGUGCGCGAGCAGUACGGCAUCCAGCGCGUGGAGGCCAUGUUCUACGCGCUGGACCGCAUCAACGCCGACCCAAUGCUCCUGCCCAACGUCACGCUGGGCUGCGAGAUCCGAGACUCGUGCUGGCACUCGGCCGUGGCACUCGAGCAGAGCAUCGAGUUCAUCCGCGACUCACUCAUCUCCAUCCGCGAGGAAGACCCGCUCCUCCAGCAGCAGCUGCUGCAGCAGCCAGGCGGAGCAGCAGUAGGGGCCACCAAGGUGUGCGUGGACGGACCCGGCACAGGAGGCCCCUCGGGUCCCAGCGCUGCCCAGAAGAAGAAGCCCAUUGCUGGGGUGAUCGGUCCCGGCUCCAGCUCAGUGGCCAUCCAGGUCCAGAAUCUCCUGCAGCUCUUCAACAUCCCGCAGAUAGCCUACAGUGCCACCAGCAUUGACCUGAGUGAUAAGACGCUCUUCCAGUACUUCCUGCGGGUCGUGGCCUCGGACACACUUCAGGCCCGCGCCAUGCUGGAUAUAGUCAAGCGCUACAACUGGACCUAUGUGUCGGCCGUGCACACAGAAGGUAACUAUGGCGAGAGCGGCAUGGAGGCCUUUAAGGAGUUGGCGUCCGAGGAGGGCCUGUGUAUCGCCCACUCGGACAAGAUCUACAGCAACGCUGGCGAGCGCCACUUUGACCGGCUGCUCCGCAAGCUCAGGGAGCGGCUGCCCAAGGCCCGCGUGGUGAUCUGCUUCUGUGAGGGCAUGACCGUACGAGGCCUGCUUAUGGCUAUGAGACGACUGGGGGUGGUGGGGGAGUUUCUGCUCAUCGGCAGUGAUGGAUGGGCAGAUCGUUAUGAGGUGGUGGAGGGCUACGAGCAGGAAGCAGAUGGAGGAAUCACACUGAAGCUACAGACAGAGGAGGUCCAGUCCUUCAACGACUACUUCCUGGAGCUGCGCCUGGACACCAACAAGCGGAACCCGUGGUUCCCCGAGUUCUGGCAGCACCGCUUCCAGUGUCGAAUCCCCUUCCAUCCACAGGAGAACCCCAACUUCCAGAGGGUCUGCACAGGCAACGAGAGCCUGCGUGAGCACUAUGUCCAGGACAGCAAGAUGGGCUUCGUCAUCAACGCCAUCUACGCCAUGGCCCACGGCCUCCACGACAUGCAGCAGGCACUCUGCCCGGAACGUUCUGGACUGUGCGACGCCAUGGAUCCUGUGGACGGACGCUACCUGCUGGAUUACCUACUCAAGACGUCCUUUACAGGGGUGUCGGGAGAGGAGGUGUACUUUGAUGAGAAUGGAGACACGUUGGGCAGGUAUGACAUUAUGAACCUGCAGUAUGUGGAACACACUGGUCGCUAUGACUACAUCAACGUGGGCAUGUGGCAUGAGGGGAUGCUGAGUGUGGACGACGACAAGCUUCUGAUGAACCGCAGCGAGAUGGUGCGCUCUGUCUGCAGUGAGCCCUGCUCCAGAGGGCAGAUCAAGGUGAUCCGUAAGGGGGAGGUGAGCUGCUGUUGGAUCUGCACCACCUGUAAGGACAACGAGAUCGUGCAGGACGAGUUCACCUGUCGAGCCUGCGACCUUGGCUGGUGGCCAGAUGAGGACCUGCAAUUCUGUGAACCGCUGCCUCUUAUGUACCUGGAGUGGAGCGCCGUGGAGUCCAUUGUGGCCGUGGUGUUCUCGUGCCUGGGGAUCCUGGUCACGCUCUUCGUCACCUUCAUCUUCAUCCAGUACCGCGACACGCCCGUGGUCAAGUCGUCCAGCCGCGAGCUCUGCUACAUCAUCCUCAUUGGCAUCUUCCUGGGCUACAUCUGCCCCUUCACACUCAUCGCCCGGCCUACGGUGGUGUCAUGUUACCUGCAGCGUCUCUUGGUGGGCCUCUCGUCGGCCAUGUGCUACUCGGCGCUGGUCACCAAGACCAACCGCAUCGCCCGCAUCCUGGCUGGCAGCAAGAAGAAGAUCUGCACGCGCAAGCCGCGCUUCAUGAGCGCCUGGGCCCAGGUGUUCAUCGCCUCCAUGCUCAUCAGCCUCCAGCUGACCCUGGAGGUGGUCCUGAUCAUCAUGGAGCCGCCGGAGCCCGUCAAGUCCUACCCGUCCAUCAGCGAGGUCUUCCUCAUCUGCAACACGUCCACCGUGAGCAUGGUGGCGCCACUGGGCUACAACGGCCUCCUCAUCCUCAGCUGCACCUACUACGCCUUCAAGACGCGCAACGUGCCGGCUAACUUCAACGAGGCCAAGUACAUCGCGUUCACCAUGUACACCACGUGCAUCAUCUGGCUGGCCUUCGUGCCUAUCUACUUCGGCUCCAACUACAAGAUCAUCACCACCUCCUUCUCCGUCAGCUUGAGCGUCACCGUGGCGCUGACCUUCAUGUUCACGCCCAAGAUGUACAUCAUCAUCGUCAAGCCCGAGCGCAACGUUCGGAGCGCCUUCACCACGUCGGACGUGGUGCGCAUGCACGUCGGUGACGGCAAGACGGCCGUCCGGCGCAACAACAGCAUCCUCAACAUCUUCCGACGCAAGAAGACAAAUAACAACUCGUCCACUGCCCCACCGGCAACCACGGCCAAUCCCGGGAGUGGAAAUUCUAAUGGAAAGUCUAUGUGCUGGUCUGACUCAGGUGGCAGACCACAGACGACACCUCAGCAGACGCCCCAGCCCCCCCGCCAGUCUGUGUGUGCGACGAGGCCAGCGCCCCCCCCAAGCCAGACAGCAAUCAUCCGACCCCUAACUAGCUCCCAAACGCCCCCGCGCACCCCCGCUUCCCACCCCCAGCAAGAACACAAGACCUCGCAGGAGGACCAGGGGAUGACGCCAUCACACCCUCAUCACACGGUUGGUUUAGCCCGGGAGGAAGGAGGGAUACUCUCUGAUUUGUCCGUUAAGACGGAGGAGUGUACCAACGACGGGCAGCAGGGGGGGUCGCUGGACACGCUGAGUACUAAUGUUCCCACGGAUCACUUGUUGGUGGCCACCUCUGAUGAGCCGUCGUUGACCAAUCAGCUGCCUCUGUUCAUGGAUGAAGGCGGGGUCCUGGAUGGUGGCGGGGCAUUUGACCUCAUGGAGGACUUCCUCUCUGAAGAGGAAGAGGCGGAGUCCCAGAGCAAGAUGACUCUGUUGACCCCGCCGUCUCCCUUCAGAGACAUCUCGAGGCCCGGGUCGCCCGUCUCCCACGGAAACGACCUCAGUUCCUCCGAAGUCCUGCUCCCUGGCACUAUCACUCAGAUUAACUGUAGGCACAGCUCCUCGACACUUUGAGUCUCCCAAGUGAUUAUACACCCAUUAACACACACACACUAAGGUGGGCACCGGCACACACACACGCAGAUACAUACACAUGGAAUUCAUCUACUCGCCUGAAUAAUUUAUCUUGAGAUAUCCUUUUGGUGGCUUGCCAAGUCUAGUCCCUGUAAUGACCUGAGGAAUUAAUCAGAAUGGAUCCGGAUGACACACCUCAUUGGAAAUAAAAACUUGAAAAACUCUGUACUUGAGGAGAAAUGUGGAAAAGACAGUAGAUAUAAUGAUAUGAUGGAAUUCUGUCUUAACUUCUACAGCGGUCUUCACCUUUGAAACUCAAAGGUCACCUUCCCCCCUCCUUUUUUUCUCUGCUUGGGCUGAUUGCCUUACACCUUACAGCAAAACACAAACACCCAGUUUAUACUGAUGACAAACACACACACACACACACACACACACACACACACACAAACAGGGAUCAAUUUACACUCACACUUCUUCUGUUGCACACCCUGUACCCAUACACUUAUCAUUGGUCGUAUUUCAGUGAAUGGGACUUGAUUGUACUGUUAAAUCAUUAGUCUAUGUUCUGCAGUUUGAUCAGGACUCAUUGAUUGAAGUACACAGAAGUUUCAAAGAACUGUCUUUUGUUACAUUCCAGUGUUGUAUUCUCUGUCCAUUCUGUUUGUUCAGAGAAAAGCAUUUUUGGAUGUUUGUAUACCGUUCAGCCUUGCGCCUUUUCCGCACCGAUGGUCAGUUUGUACCAUAAAUGUUUGUACAAUAUGAUUAGAAUGUUACAUAUUUAUACAUUUGAAACGUGUCUUUCAGAAUAUUGUGAAAGUUUUUUCUUUUGCUUUUAAUGCUGAGUAGAGUUGCGGAAACCAAUUAAGCUGUGCUUUCUUUCAGAAAUAUUUAUGAAUUUAAAUGGGCUAGUUGCUUCUAGUGGUAAGAUGGUGCACAGUAAAUCAAACUUUGACUGAUUCUGUAAUUUAAAAAAUCUGUACUAGUUCACGGAAUUAGGAUUUAUAGAAGUGCUAGGACGCAACCUUUCAGGUUAUUAAGAAACAUUUAUGUAAUAAGCUAUUAUAGUUGUUAUACUAUGAAAAUGUUUAUGUUACUGUCUUUUAGUGGGGUUAAAUUAUUCAGUACACGUGAGGUAAUUAAAGUAAUCAUUUCAUUGUCAUUUUGGACAGGGAUUUGUUUUAGACAAAACAAU